AAUCGAAACUGACAAAUAAAAAGCGGCAGCUAUAAGUUGUCAAAUUCGAUCAACAAACUCGCUAAGCACGUCUAGUUAUUGAAAAAUUGUGUAAAAAUAAAUAAAUAAAUUGGUUUGUUAAGUAAUUAUUAUAUUAAUUAUAAAAACUUUAUCUCAAAAUGGCAUUGAUCUGUGCGAUUACAAAUGAAGUUCCAGAUACACCAGUUCUAUCUCCCAUCUCAGGGGCGGUUUUCGAAAGACGCAUUAUAGAAAAAUAUAUAUUGGAAAAUGGUUGUGAUCCAAUAACCGGCAAAGAAAUGAAAGCGGCAGAAUUGAUUGAAAUAAAAACACCACCAAUUGUUAAGCCAAAGCCGCCAAGUGCUACUAGUAUCCCUGCUACAUUGAAAACUAUGCAAGAUGAAUGGGAUGCAUUAAUGCUGCAUGCAUUCACACAACGUCAGCAAUUACAAACUGCACGUCAAGAACUUUCCCAUGCACUUUACCAACAUGAUGCUGCUUGCAGAGUUAUAGCACGUUUGAAUAAGGAAGUAGCAGCUGCACGUGAAGCUUUGGCUACACUUAAACCACAAGCUGGUAUUGGUGCAUCAACAGCUCCAACAACAAUACCACAACCAGCAAUUGCAUCCGAAGCUGCUGGUGUUGCUACACAUCCGGUUGAACAAGCUGGCAUGAGUGCAGAAGUCAUACAAAAAUUACAAGACAAAGCCACGGUAUUAACACAGGAACGUAAAAAACGUGGUCGUACCGUACCCGAAGAUUUAGUUACGCAAGAUCAAAUUAAAUCAUUUUUGACAAUUGCUUCUCAUCCAGGUUUGCACUCAGCAUCUGUGCCUGGCAUUUUAGCUUUGGAUAUUAAUAGUUCUGAUCAUAGUAAAAUCUUAACUGGAGGUAACGAUAAAAAUGCUACUGUUUUUAAUAAGGAUACGGAACAAGUUGUGGCCAUACUUAAAGGACAUACUAAAAAAAUUAGUAAAGUCAUUUAUCAUCCAGAUGAAGAUACUGUUAUAACUGGUUCGCCAGAUAUGUCUAUACGUAUUUGGCAUGUACCAACUUCGCAGACACAACUUUUGCUACGUUGUCAUGAUGGUCCGGUGACAGGACUAUCAUUGCAUCCAACAGGAGACUAUGUAUUAUCGACUUCUUCAGAUAAACACUGGGCCUUUUCAGAUAUACGUACUGGACGUUUGUUGACUAAAGUUAUUGAUACUGCUGAAGUGGGCUUAACAACAGCACAAUUUCACCCUGAUGGCCUCAUUUUUGGUACGGGAACCGAUGAUUCACAAGUAAAAAUUUGGGAUUUAAAGGAACAAAGUAAUGUUGCUAACUUUCCUGGACAUACUGGCCCAAUAUCGGCUAUAUCAUUCUCUGAGAACGGUUAUUAUUUGGCAACAGCUGCUGAUGAUGCUUGUGUGAAACUCUGGGAUUUACGUAAAUUAAAAAAUUUCAAAACUAUACAACUGGAUGAUGGCUACGAGGUUAAGGACUUAUGUUUCGAUCAGAGUGGUACAUAUCUUGCUAUUGCCGGUACAGAUGUUAGAGUCUAUAUGUGCAAACAAUGGCAGGAUUUGAAAAUCUUCAAUGAGCACACCGCGUUAGCCACUGGUGUACGAUUUGGUAAACAUGCGCAAUAUCUAGCAUCGACAAGCAUGGAUCGAACACUGAAAUUAUAUGCCAUCGAAUGAAGCCUUUAAAUCAAAUAUUAAACAGAAAAUAAAAACACUCCAUCAAAUCAACUCUUCAGUGAAUUAGAAUUGCUUAAUCCGUUUACAUUUAUUAUUGCAUAAAUUUAUUAUUACAACAUAUCUUCAAUGUAAAUGAUCCACGUAUAUUAAAAUAUUCCACGAGUGAAUUCUUAUUGAUAAAUAGAAAUUACCAUUAUUAUGUUUUUUAAAGUUAAUUAUUGGUUUAUCCCAUUAUUUAAAAAUUAAUUAAAUAUCAAUACAAUCCUAAUUAAUUAUAAACAAUUUUAAAUGUAUAUUUUAUCAUAUUAAGCAUGCAUGAGCUCUACACAAUUCAUCCCAAUAACACAAAUUGUAUCCAAAUUGACGUCAUUGACUUCUUUAUUCAAAUUUAAUUCAAUGUAAUAAAAUAAAAAUGUUUAAAUUAUA